GAGGACACUGCUGCAGAAGCAGGUGUGGUCCAGGAGCCGUGGGAAAUCCCACUGUGUGGGGUGCGAGGGUGCAGGGGCCGGUGGACCAGGCAUCUCAAUUCUGGGCUGACAGAAGGAGAAGGAGUCAGUGAACUUGAGGACACAUCAGUAGAAAUUAUCCAAUCUGAAGAAGAGGGAAAAAGAGUAAGAAAAAGGAGGAGGGCCUAUGAGACGGUGUCAGAAAGUCAAACCUACAAGUAAUUUCAACCAAAGAAGGAAAAGAGACUGACACUGACGCAAAAGAAUGUUUUGAAAAAUAAAGGACAAAAUUCUCAAAUUUUAUUUUUUUAAAAAAAAUUUCAACUUACAGAUCCAAGAAUAUCAGAAAGCCCCUAAAGCCCCAACACAAUUUGGCACAGCAGUAAAAACCACAGAUUCCGGAGGGAAACCAGGCAGCUUCAAACGCCGCUUCUCUGUGUGCAGUGAUGAGAACGUGCCCACGUCAUGGGCUCCUUCUAGAGCCUCCUAAUUGCACAUCUGUACCAGUGGGGUAUCACCCACCCCUUGAACGGCAGCAGGACGGAUCAUUAAUCAGUUAUGAGACUGUCCACGUAAACGCUUAGCUCUGCACCCGACACAAAGCUGGAACUUGGUUGUUACUGCUGUUAUUGGAACAACGUGGACCCUGCACAGUGAGGACCCAGCCCCGUGGCUCCCGCCCGCUGGGAAGACCUUCUGGAUUACUGAGUUUCCAAAGCAAAAUGGGGACCCUGGUGUGGUGAGUGUGACUGUGCCUGUGCAGACAGAGGGCAGGGUAUUCAAAAUUGGGGAGAAUCUUGAAAGUCGUGGCGUGUGGCCCCUUGUCCCCAGCUGACGGCCCCUCAUCAUCCAUCCUGGACUCGACUCCAGAGUCACGUGGCCGCUGAGUCACAGGGAGUCUCCAGCUGAGGAGGAACCUCCUGGACGGCGUCACUUCAACCAGAAACUCCAGGAGGAAACCCAUGGAGACGAAGAGGAGAACAACCAGGAAACCACGAGGAAGGCACCUGGUGGCUCAUUGCCAGGAUGCCCACAGCCCACAGGUAUAAAGGUCCCCCUGGGCCAGGAGCCUGCAGACCAGCCCGUCCUCUGCCCUGACCCCAGCCCAGCCCCACACCACCAUGUGCCACACCAGCUGCUCCACAGGCUGCCAGCCGGCUUGCCCUGCCCCCUGCUGCCCUCCCCUGGUCUGCGGGAGCUCCUGCGGGCAGCCGGCCCCCUGCGUGUCUCUGCUGUGCCGGCCCGUGUGCGGCUCUGCCACCUCCUGCCAGUCGGCGUGCGGCUGCCUGUCCCCAUGUUGCCCAACGACCUGUGGCCAGGCCUCCUCCUGCAGCCCGGCCUGCUGUGUGCCCAGCCCCUGCCAGGUGGCCUGCUGCACACCUGUGAGCUGCAGGCCCGCCGUGUGUGUGCCUGUGAGCUGCAGGCCCACUGUGUCUGCGCCCGUGAGCUGCAGGCCCAUUGUGUACCUGGCCCCCUCCUGCCAGUCCUCCGGGUGCUGCCAGCCCUCCUGCUCCACCCUGGUCUGCAGACCUGUCCCCUCUUGCACCCCUUGCUGCUCCUGAGCUUAUGGCCUCCCUUUAUGUGUGGGGUCGGAAGCAGCCAGCUCUGAACUCCUAUGAGACGCCCCUGUCCUCAUCCACUUCAGACCUUCUGGACCCAACUAGACCACCUUGCAGCAAGGCCGCGCCAUCCCAGCCAGCCAGGCUGAGGGGCUCACCCCCCAGUGUCCCCUGACAGCAGCCCAGGUCAUCCACCUGGCACCCACACUGACUGGUGUGGCAUGUGCACAUUCUGCAGCCUCCAGCAUCAAAGGUCUAAUAAACACCAGAGUGGACACUUGUCCCAACAUGUG